AUGGCCAAGAAAUGGCAGAAAUUUGUGGCAAUCAGAAGGAAAAGGGUUUCAUUUCCAAAACAGAACGAGGAAGUAGAUAGUUGCAGUACAUCAUCGGCAGGCCAUUUUGUUAUCUACACAGCUGACCAAAAGCGGUUUGUUAUUCCCCUAUCUUUUCUCGACAACAAGAUUAUCAGACAACUCUUAGAAAUGUCAGAAGAAGUAUUUGGGCUUCCAAGUGAUGGACCUAUUACUUUACCAUGUGAUGCAGUGUUCAUGAAGUACAUCAUUUCACUACUUAGCAGAGGUGUAAGCACAGAACUCCAGAAUGCUUUACUUGUAUCAGUAACUUCAAACCGAUGUUCCUCGGCUUCAUUGCAUCAAGGAUGGAGAAAUCAGCCAUUACUAAUUUGCUGA